AUGUCCGACCAGAACAACCAACAGAAGGGUUUCUUCGGCACCGCUGCUAGCGGUCUCGGCGCCGCAACAAACACCGUCGGCAAGGGCGUCCAAGGCGUCACUGACGCUACCGGCAAUGUAGUCGCGGCUGGUGGAAAGGGACUUGGUGAUGCUGUUACGGGUAUCACGCAGGGUGCUGGUGAUACUACUAAAGCGGCGGGCAACUUCGUUGGCGACACAACCAAGGCUGGCGGCAGGAGCGUGGGUAUGGAGCAGAAGGAUAAUCAGACUGGUGGACAGUAG